CUGGAAGCAAUCCAGAGCCAUGUUGACGACAUACAUCGAGGCAUUACAGUCUCUUCUCUUAGCGCUAGGGCCCAGCAACAGCUUCAGAGCCUCCUCGAACUUCCGCAAGCAGCAAGAGAAGGAAUCGCACACCGCUUCAUAGUGCACGGACUUGCUUACACCAAUAUGCGGCAGAGGUUCCAGAUGGUGGACGAGACCCACUAUCAAACUUUUCGCUGGAUUCUUGAAGAAGGCAUGGAUAACGACUCUCAACGCCUUUCAGACGCUCGCAAGUUGUUCACUGAUUGGUUGGCUGACGGAGAUGGUAUCUUUCAUAUUGCCGGGAAGCUGGGUUCAGGGAAGUCGACGCUGAUGAAAUUUUUACGCGAUCAUCCGCGUACGAAAGCGGAUCUGCGGAAGUGGGCUGGAAAUCGAAAACUGGUACUCGCGAGCUUUUUCUUCUGGAGACCUGGUUCAUCUUUGCAGAAAUCCCUCAAAGGAUUACGGAGGUCGCUACUUCACGACCUGCUUCAGGCGAUUCCUGGACUUGUCCGGGUCGUAUUUCCUCGGCAAUGGCAACAGGCGGCGCUUCAAACAGUGAUACAAUACCGAGAUCUUCAUAACUCGCAUCGGUUCUGCUUUUUUCUUGACGCCUUGGACGAAUACGAAGGACCUCCCCAGCAAGACUGCAAAGAAAUGCUCGACUCCAUCAAGUUUUGGAUCUCGGCUUCUCGAGGUGCCGUGAAAAUAUGCGUCUCGAGCCGAGAAGACAACGUCUUCGAGAACUCAUUCCCCCCCGAAAAGCGGCUUCGAUUACAGGACCUAACUGAAAGGGACAUGGCAAGAUAUGUACAAGACAAGCUUCAAGAUGUGCAAGAUUUGGAGGUCAGAGGUCGGCUAGUACACGAGAUUGCUAGCCGAUCUGAAGGAAUCUUUCUUUGGACAGUUCUAGUUGUAAAGGCGCUCCGUGAGUGUCUCGAAGAGAGUCAAGAUCUACAAGCAUUUGAGAAAGAGCUUCACUCGCUUCCAAACGAGCUGGAAGCGUUAUUCGAGCACUUACUUGGUUCAAUCCGUCGAUCAGCGAGGGAGAGAGCGUAUCGCAUCUUUGCUAUGGUGUCCAAGUUGAACGAGCGGCAAGCACAAUUGCCUCUCCUCUCCUGCAUGUUCGUGGAUGAGUAUGCAAGGAACCCUGGUUUUGCAGUCGAAACAACAAGUCGCCAUCUCGAGAUAAUGGGGGAAACACAGGAUAAGCGCCACUAUCGAGAAGUCCAGCUAGCAAGAGCCCGGAAGCUCGUGCAGGGAAGCUGCAAAGGCUUGGUGGAGAUCCGAGACGCUAAGAUGGAUACAAGGCGGCUUGAUGUCAAAUGCGUCAUGUUUACACAUAGAACCAUACCGGAAUUCCUACAGCGUUCGAAGAUUCAAACGGAAAUGGCUCUCCACCUAGAAGGGUUCAAGCUCGAAGAUGGCAUCGCCCAACUUCUCCUUGCCGAGAUACGGUCGACAGAUUCGGUUUUUCUAAAUCCAGAGUACUGGGGAAAGACCCUUUUCGCUGCCCUUGCCAUCCGCUGCUAUGCAGGGAUGGACAUGGUGCCUUAUUCGUACUUAACAAUCCUGGAGGAGGAGUUGAAGCGAAAGAACCUGGGACCACCUCUGGAUCUCGACGCUCGAUUCACUUAUCAAGGCAUGACUCUUGUAGAGUAUGGAAUAGAAGUCUUCAUGACGCCGAGCGUCCGUCAACAGCGGAGACCGGGGGAAGCAUAUCGGUUUCGCCUCUCAUUACCCUCUUACAUUUACGCAAGGCUCGGCGCGGCAAACUACGUCAAUUGGAAAAUUCGACAAGACCCGGACUUAGUGAAGACUGAAUUCAGGAAAUCCCUCUUGCUGGUAUGCUUAACGAAGAGCUUGUACCAGGCCUGUUUCACAGUGCAGCGGGACGCGACUAUCGACUGUUUCAAGCUCCUGACAGUAG